UGCUGACAUUCUUUUGCUACUUCCAACACAAAAAAGGAAAAAAAUAAUUCAAGUGUUCAAGAAAAUCAGCAUUGUGAAAAUGGGUAUAUUUCUAUAUGGAAAUAUGAAUGCAGAGAGAGGACAAAAGUAUAGCAACAAGACCAAAUAAGGAAAUCAAAAAAAGAGGAUUUGUCCGCUCGCGUUGAAGAGAGGAACGCUUUGAAUUGUCAAAGAGGGAUUGGAGUUUCUGAGGAUAUUGAGGCCUGCAUUGGCUGGUUUAUUAUGCGGGUCUCGGAGUGAAAGAACAUAUUUGUUGCAAAAGUAUGGGCGGGUGUUGCUCAAAGGAUUCUUCCGAAGAUGAAUAUGUUAUCGAACAUGAGAAGGAGAAAGAAAAAGAAGUUGAUAAAUAUUCUGUACAGAUGGUUGCUCCCUUACAAAGAGAGGAGAUUAAAGUAGACUUAGUUAAUCCUAAGAUUGAACUACCUAUGAAAUCUAAAUCAAAGCGGACGUCAGAAGCCAGUGUUGUUCCUGUCCCUGCAACAAAAGUUGAGGAUGAUGGAAAAACAAGAAUUAUCGAGAGGCCUAAGGAAGGACAUCACAAGAGGCGGUCCACCGUGGAUUUUGGAGUGCAACAAUCGAUGUCUAGAAUUGUAAGCAUAUCUAAUGGUGUAAAGGGUGAACUCGGAGCUGCAGGAUGGCCAUCGUGGCUAAGUUCUGUUGCAGCCGAGGCUAUUCAAGGGUGGGUUCCUCGAAGUGCAGAGUCAUUUGAAAAAUUAAACAAAAUUGGUCAAGGAACAUAUAGUAGUGUUUACAAGGCCCGUGACCUUAAAACCAAUAAAAUUGUUGCAAUGAAGAAAGUGAGAUUUGUCAAUAUGGAUCCAGAGAGCGUUCGCUUUAUGGCAAGGGAGAUAAGCAUUUUGCGUAGAUUGGACCACCCAAAUGUUAUGAAACUUGAGGCUUUGGUCACAUCUAGGAUAUCAGGCAGCUUAUAUCUUGUAUUUGAAUACAUGGAGCACGAUCUUGCUGGACUUGCAGCAGCACCUCGGGUUAAGUUUACUGAAGCACAGAUUAAAUGUUAUAUGCAACAAUUGCUCCGUGGACUUGAGCAUUGUCAUAGUAGGGCUGUACUUCAUCGAGACAUUAAGGGUUCAAAUCUUCUCAUUGAUGAUAACGGUGUUUUAAGGAUUGGAGACUUUGGUUUGGCUACAACCUUUGAGCCCAACCAAACACAACCAUUAACAAGUCGUGUUGUAACUCUAUGGUAUAGAGCUCCUGAGCUUUUGCUUGGUGCAACAGAAUAUGGAGUGGCCAUAGAUAUGUGGAGUGCUGGCUGCAUCCUCGCCGAAUUAUUUGCUGGAAAGCCUAUUAUGCCGGGAAGAACAGAGGUGGAGCAAAUGCAUAAGAUUUUCAAACUUUGUGGUUCACCUUCUGAAGAAUACUGGAAGAAAUCAAAACUACCUCAUGCUACUAGUUUUAAGCCACAACACCCAUACAAGCGAUGCGUAACUGAUACAUACAAGGACUUUCCUCCUUCAGCUUUGGCCCUUGUUGAUGUCCUACUUUCAAUAGAACCAGAAAAGCGUGGUACUGCUUCUUCUGCACUCAAUAGUGAGUUCUUCAAUACAAAGCCCUUACCUUGUGAUCCUUCUAGCUUACCAAAAUAUCCUCCAAGCAAGGAAUAUGACGCGAAGAUUCGAGAGGAGGAAGCAAGAAGGCGAAAAGCUGAAAGUGUGAAAGGAUGUGGAGAUGAUUCAUUGGGAAAGUCCACAAGGCAAUCAAAGGGAGAAAGUACUACAGAAUCCAAUGCCGGACAGGGACAGUCAAAUAUAAGCAAAAGUGUGAAAUAUAAUCCUUUAGAAGAAAGUGGAACUGGAUUCCCUAUUGAGCCGCCAAGAGUGAAAAAUAGGAACGGAUUCACUCAUUCUACUUCAGUGGUCCAUCCUACUGCAGCUGCCUAUGCUCACAAAGUCAAAGAGGAUUCAUGUGUGUCCCAACAUGGUGGAGAGCUUCGAAGGCAAGGUUCGCACAAGUCUCGAGCUGUUGGAGACUUUUCUAGUGUCCAUUCAAAGAGGGAUGAUGGGUCAUCUUAUGGGGAUUCAACGGUUUAUGUGCCAAAGAAAAGUAGAAUCCUUUGCUCUGGACCACUAGUGCCACCAGGGGGAAGUAUGGAAGACAUGUUAAAGGAACACGAGAGACAAAUUCAAGAGGCAGUUCGAAAAGCACGUCUAGAAAAGGGAAGGACCAAAAAGAACUGUUAUGAUUAUGACUAGAAACGCCUCGUAUCUAUUGAACUGAUUGCUCUCUUCUGUUAGAAGAAGUACGUGGGAUUUCGUUCUUUUGUCAUGCAAAUGAGAUCCACAGUUGUAAAGGACCUAAGAGGAGAUACGUACAUUUACGAUCCAUUUCCAGUAUAAAGGUUCUUGCAUUAAUGCAUCUCCUUCGGGGAAGAACUUCUGAAACCUCAAUGUAGAAGGAGGGAUAAAGCUUGUUAUCGAAUUAGUCACCUUAUAUAUAUAUAUAUAUAUAUAUAUAUAUAUAUUAUAUACACCUUUGAGGAUCGGAAAUUUGCUUGUAUAGUUUGAAAAAUUUCCUGAUUCCUAGAUUGAUUUAUGUUAUCUAUUUCCUCUUUAAUAUCUGGAAAAUUGAAGUUCAGCAAUUGUUUCUUGAUAAUUUAUUGGAGGAGAAACUCUCUGUGUAAGUUUCCCAGAGGAUAGAUUAAUAUAUAGUGGUCGAACAAAUGUGGUCAA